CGGCUGUUGUCGCUCUGCGCACACUGUUUUGCGCUCUCGCUCUCUCUCUCUCUCUCUUUACGCUUUUGCGCGGAGCUUGAAUGAAAUUUACUGACUUUUUUUUUUUUUUUUUUGUCUGGAUACGCGCAGAUGUGGGAAGCGACCGCAACACUCCGGGAACCUGAACAUCUGCAGGAGUUCACGGUGAAUGGAUGGCCUGUCAGCGCCGCAGUGCUGGAGCUCUGUAAAGUCAUUCCCGUGUUUUAAUGCGAGCAUCCCCGAGGAGUUUAGUGUGUCAUCGGGACCUUGAGACGCUACCACACACACACACACACACACACUGAUGUUCAAGCCUCGUAGCUCUCGCAGCAGACCUGGCAGACCUCUAAUCUCUGAAAGAUUGAUGAGGUCUUGUCCGAGUGCAGGAGGCCUGGCACGCUGUCGAUAAGGCGGCUUUCAUUUCACCACGUUUUACUCCUCGCUCCUGCCUUUCUUCUCCUCUUUUUACUCCGCGCCGAAGGACAUGGGGGCCGGCUUUGAAGCGUGAGAGAGGAUUAUGACAUGCCCGAGGCCUCCGGGUGAGAAGGGACGGCGUUUUAAGAAACGGGAACCAUGAAAUGCCCCGGAAACAACACUUCUGACUGCUGCGUGGUGGUGGCUGAGCAGGAUGCCCGAGUCGGCAUGUCAAGCUGCUGGAGCUGGAAUAUAGUGAAGCUACAGAGGAACGAAACGCAGAGCUGAGAGUAGCUGGGCGCACGCGAACAACGUCACGCUCAGAGAGUCUCACGCGGGACAAUGUGCAACAUCUCCUUCUGUGAUGUGGACAGCAAGGUGGACCAGUUCUUCCAGCCGACGCUUUACAUCAUAGUCAUCGUUCUGGGGCUGCCCACUAACUGCAUGGCGCUGUGGGCCGCCUACAUGCAGGUGCGCCAACGCAACGAGCUGGGCGUCUACCUGAUCAACCUCUCCGUGGCCGACCUCCUCUACAUCACCACUCUUCCUCUGUGGAUCGACUACUUCCUGCAGCACGAUGACUGGAUCCACGGUCAGGAGAGCUGCAAGCUGUUUGGCUUUAUCUUCUAUACUAAUAUCUAUGUCAGCAUUGCCUUCCUCUGCUGUAUAUCACUGGACAGGUACCUGGCCGUGGCGUACCCUCUGCGCUUCGCGAAGGUUCGACGAAUCAAAACGGCCAUCCUGGUCAGCGCCAUGGUGUGGAUCAUCGAGAUCGUAGCCAACUCCGCCCCUCUCUUCCACGACGAGCUCUUCCAGGAUCGCUUCAACCACACCUUCUGCUUUGAGAAGUAUCCCAUGCAGGACUGGGUGGCCGGGAUGAACCUCUACAGGACAUUUCUGGGCUUUCUGGCUCCGUGGACGGCCAUGCUCAUCGCCUACCGAGGGAUCCUUGCAGCGGUGCGUUGCAACGUCUCGACGGAGCGCCAGGAAAAGGCCAAAAUUCAGCGGCUGGCUUUGAGUUUGAUUCUCAUUGUUUUGCUGUGCUUUGGACCGUACCACAUCCUGCUCCUGGUGCGGAGUGCCAUGUUCCUGAGGAAGCCGUGUGACUGCAGCUCAGAGGAGACCUUGUUUGCGGCGUAUCACGUGUCUUUAGCGCUGACCAGCCUGAACUGUGUGGCCGACCCCAUUUUGUACUGUUUCGUCAACGAGGGGGCGAGGCACGACGUCGGCCGAGCCCUCUCGGCUCUGCUGUCCGCGGCCUGCCACCGGCGCUCCUCCUCCUCGCCGUCGCACGCCGACAUACUCAACGCUGGCUCUGUAACCAUGGAAACGCCGCUGUCCGCAAAGAAGCAGCCCUGCGUGUACGCCGACGGAAGCAAGACGAGCAGCUACAAGACUGAGCUGGUGGCUCUGAAGGAGGAGUGUUUACAGAUGACCAUUCUCAGCGUCAGGAAGUGAUUUCUGCUGGGAAUGUCCAAACCGUUCGGCCCAGACGAAGGAAGAAGCUCCUGACGCUUCCAGGGUCUGAUUUCUGCAGGCCUAAGAGGCUGAAAUCAGAUGCAACCAGUGGCUGUAGAUGUGUGGCGUUAAAGCUUCCACUAGACGGCACAUUAUCAAGCCUAGAAGUAAACGAAACGCACUGUCUGUCGCCAUGGUAACAGACGGAUGCGAGGUGGACGUGCUUACACAGCAGAAUGUGGAUGGAGAAACUACAUCCUGCAACCAAAUUAAUCGUGAUUUUGUCAUGCAGUUGGUGAAAUAACAUUACAUUGAGGGUUUCACACAUUAAGGUUCUAUGUUGCUGAUGUGGUUCGACUGUCAGCACCUCUAACCUCCGCACAGCUGCACUGCAUGCUACAGUUAGCAUGCUAACAUUGAUUUGGUCAUUAGAUGUAAAGGUAUCCUCAUGAAGUCAAGUGUUGGACCAGAAGAAGUUUUGAUCUGCUGGUGGCGCUGUAUGAAAAGUCAGGGGAUCACCAACAUCCUUAGGAUUCAGCCUCAGCUCAGCAUGAAUCUUUGUACCAAAUUUCACACCAACAUAUCCAGUAAACGUUGAACUAUUUCAGUUUGGACCAAAGUCUUGGACCAACAGAUGGACAGACCCACUGUAAGGAUCUAAUCAACACAGUUUGGAUAUUUGGACAGUUUCCAUCUGUGCCAGGAGCCGUUUGUGAUGCCGAGGAAGGCACUCUUGAAUAUUUAAGAUAUUUAAACAGAACCACUCUCUGCAUGGCUGAGCGUCGCAGGUGGUCUGAGAGGAGACGCCUUGUCGCAUGGACACCCAACUGGACAAAAGGCAGACGCCCCACUUUGUGAUAUGUAAAAAGAGCAGCAGAAGGUUAAUAAAAAAAUAAAUAUUGAGGAUUACUAGUCAGAAACGUUUGUAAUGCAGGUUGGAAAUGUCUUUAUCGUUACGUUAGUUUAUUUUGAAGGAAAUAAUGAAGCCUUAUGAAGUACCUCAGCUUGUAAACUGUGACAGCAUGAAGGCUUAGAGUCAAAGUGUCUUUCUUUUGUCAUGUGAGCCAUGUUUUUAUUUUUAUUUUUAUUUUUACCACAUAAAUCUCAUUUUGCUGAGAUGUAACAGCCUUUAACUGCAUUAGUCUGAAAGUUUGGCAUUUAACUAUACUGCUGAUAUGUUGUGGAGCAGAAACUCAGUGUCAUAGGUGUUAAACAAGGAAGUUGUUUUUUUUUAAAUGUGAGUGCAUGCAUUUGCCAGUAAUCAUAGGAACAUGUGAACGUACACGCUGGAGGUAUAAAAUAAUUUUUUUAUUGCUUAAAAGUUCUGACAGUGUUGCAGAUAAUCACAUCUAAUCUUCCCGAAUCCAAACUACAAGUGUGGGAUAAAAACCAGUACAACUAAAUACGUUUACAUUCCAAUUAGAGACAAAAAGACUUCUAAUUAAACAGUCCUGAACUUCCAGAAUAAUACGCAGCACAUUGUUGUUUUCAUUUCCACUUUUCCUCGCGUCACAUGUUGCACAAGAGUUUUUAGAUCUUCCUCUAAAACUGAUUCGUACGUUCCUCCUUGAUUCACUGCUUGCUGCUAAAUGUCAUAUUAGGGUAAAAGAAAACAGGAAGUGAUAAUAAUCUAUGCAGUGUUAGAUGAGGAAGUGAUUUAAUAGAAUUCAGAUAAACCCGGCGGCGUGGCUCAAUUCAAAGCAAUGCAGCGUUGAUUGUUUUUAAUGACACAUUCCCAAAUUGACCAUUUAAAAUGUGUAUUUCUUCUUUUAUAGGUGAGGCUGAUUCAUUUUAAUGUAAAUAUAAUUGACGGUUUUAAUCUACCGGUGCUAGUAUAGCUGCCAUUUUAUGCCAUAAUUAAAUAGCUGCACAUAUUUGAGACAUGAGGGGGUCUUACUUUUUCCUUUUUGGGAGCUUUUUUUAUACAGUAAAUCCAACACAAAGUGACCAAAUGAUGCAGCAUUGUAGAUAAAGUGUAAAUGUCACUUUGAAAAACAAGAGCAGGUGCAGCUUCAAAUUCAAAAAUCAGCCUUUCUCAGUUUGCUUUUCGAUGCGGGCGUAUGUUUUUGUCCUGUUGGAUCCACGGUUAUAACAUUUCAUCUGUUUUCUCAGAAAUACAGCAACAAACAAAUUUCCUUGUGUGCAGUAUUAUUGGCUCAUAAACUUCCAGUCCAACCUGAUGAUCUUCUGGAGACAGACAGGGGUCCUUGUUGCAGGUACUCCUGAUCCCAGCAGCAAGGAUUUUUUUUUUUUGGCAUGAAAGCUAAACUCAGUGCGAUGAUGUAAAGUCGAGUUUGUGGAAACUUCCAGCUUGUUAGUGUCCAGCGCUGCUCUAUCUACCACUGGUUUUGUUGUGCAUCUGUGUGUCGGUCUGAGAGGAGGUGCCAGGCUUCAUAACGUGUAUCUGUUCAUCAACAGUGUCAGUGAGAAAUAAAUUAUGCAUAUGA